AUGGCGUCAGGAUCGCUCCGCUGGCUGCAUUUGACUGAUGCACCAAUUACAAUAAUCAGCAAAGUGCAUCCUUAUCGCUUAUGUCUGCAGGUUGAUGGCAAAUUGUUAUGUUGGCUGUGCACAUUGUCGUACAAACGGGCUCUUGCUAAGACAAAGCAGAGUGACGCAGAGCGACGAGCGCACAUCAAAUUAGCAGCCCAGAGAGCUGCCAAGAACAAAGAACAUGGGAAACACAAGGGCCAUAGCAAACGUCCGCACCGGGUAGAUGUGACAAAAUUAAGCCAACCCAGCGGUGAGAAGGACGGAGAAGGAGGCCCACCGACAAAAGUGUCCCGUGGAGGGUCUGGGGCAGGGAACAACAGAGGAGACCCACAUGAUCCGAACUCGUCGGAUCACGUUGUUGCCAUGACGCAGCUGAAGGAGCAGAUUGCGUCUUUGCAGAAACAGUUGAACCAGAAAGAUUCUCAGUUGUUGAGCAAGGACAAACUGGUAAGUAAUGUGCUUGAGUGUUUCAUUACUUUUUAUGACUCGGAAGCGGGCGGUAUGUUUAUUCAGGGUGGAACACGAUUUUGCAUUUGAUAAGAAACCAGAGGAUGUACAGCAGUGGUCCCCAACCUUUUUGU